AUGAGUUUUUUAGGAGUCGGAGUCAGUCCCGGAAACGUCGCCGGAACCAAAAUGAAGCUGUUCGAUCGGAAAGUGAUACUCGCGGAGUUGAUUCUGAGGUGUUCUGUUUGUGCCCUCGCUCUUGUCUCUGCGCUUCUCAUUGCUACAGAUGUCGAAGUUAGAGAGAUUUUCACAAUUCAGAAGAAGGCUAAGUACACCGACAUGAAGGCACUUGUGUUUUUGGUGGUGGUUAAUGGUAUAGCCGCGGCUUAUUCUUUGGUUCAAGCGGUUCGUUGCGUGGUGGGUUUGAUGAAAGGAAGCGUUUUAUCCAGUAAGCCUCUGGCUUUGGCCAUUUUCUUUGGUGAUCAGGCGGUAGCGUACUUGUGUGUGGCGGGAAUUGCAGCAGCGGCGCAGUCUGCGGCCUUUGCAAAGCUGGGUGAGCCAGAGCUUCAAUGGAUGAAGAUAUGCAAUAUGUAUGGGAAGUUCUGUAACCAAGUGGGUGAAGGAAUUGUGAGCGCCUUGUUAGCUAGCAUUGGAAUGGUUUUGAUCUCUUGCAUUUCGGCUUUCAGUCUCUUUCGUUUGUAUGGCGGAAGCAAAACUCGGCAAAGCUCACGUUGGUGA